AUGAGAUCACUGAUCCCGCAUCUUCUCGCGGUACUUGCGGCGGCGUGUCUGCGGUUUGGCAGUGCGGAGGCUGAUCCUCUCCCGGCCGCUGUGGUUGAGUUGGUGAAGGGUGGAUCUGUGUCUUCUAUCCAGGACCUGCAGUUUUUGCUGUUCUCUGAAUCUAUAGAGGUUGAGCUGGACAGUCACCAUGACAAUGACACCAGCAACCGUCUGCCACGCAGUCUUCUGGACGCUCAGCCGGCUCAGCAAGCCAUCUGUAAGGUCAGGACCGAGGUCAUCGAGGUCACACGCUCCAUGUUGGACCGUAGCAAUGCAGAUUUCCUGUUGUGGCCUCCGUGUGUGGAGGUGCAGAGGUGCUCAGGCUGCUGUAACACCAAGAGCCUGCGGUGUGUGCCUGUACUUACACACACACGAUACCUACAGGUGAUAAAGAUACAGUAUGUGAACAAGCGGCCACUCUACGAUAAGGCUGUCGUCUCCGUUCUCGACCAUGUGGAGUGCCGCUGUCAGCCGGCUCCUCGGCCCGCUCAGCGCCGGAAAUCAUCCGGCCACAAACAAGAAGGGCGGGAACGCUCUGGGAAACCUCGUCCCAAAGAUGAGCUCCAUCGCAGGGAUGAACUCAAACACAACCAGAGGAUAAGCCUAGAGGACCUGCUCAAAGAGAGGUUCUCUGAGCCAGGAUUCAGCCGGGACAGCUGGGCUCUGAACGAGACGCAGUACGGAGGGGGCAAAGGUCAUCACCGUCACCAUGGGGAUGGAAGGAGACACGGCAAAAGAAAUGACACAGCAACGACGGCUCCACUGCCGAAUCACACCGAGCAGGAAGAAACUGACUUGUCAUUGCGCAACAUUACGCAAUUCGAAUCGCAGAGUAAUGCUAACCAAAGUAUAACCAAUCAGACAUCUGAUUUUACAAUGACUACAUUAGAAUUGACCAAUCAGACUUUUACGCACCAGUCAAAUCUAACGCAAGAAAACGAACAAUUGCAAACAACCAAUCAGACAGACCAACUCGCCUUUAAUGCCACAGGAACAGCCAAUCAGAAUCGGGGAGAUGUGUUUCUGUCUGUAGAGGAGAGCGGUCAGAAGGUGAGAGGUGAGACUAUGGAUGUAGAGGUGAAGGAGGAGGAGCGAGAGCUGAGACAAAUGGACAAAAAGGCUAAGGAGGAGGAAAUGGAAGAGCUGCUGCUAAUGCACAAAAUCCUGGAUGAAGAAAAACACAAACAUCACAUCAAAGUGCAACAGACAAAUAUACAGCCGGACGAGAAACUACAGCAGCUCCAUCACAAACAACACACUUAUACAACCACACAACGGACAGGAACUACAUCUCCUCCUGUGCAACAUCUCCCUCCACACAAACCCCCCAGACCACCUCCUCACCCCCCGAAAAGGAGGAGAAAACAGCGCAAUCGCAUCAGCAAAUCUGCCAUGAGAGCCCUGCUCAUGUAAAUCAAACAUACACAGCUUUUCUCCUCAAAAGAUAUUAACUAA